AAGAAAACACCCCCGCCAUCCUUUCACCUUCACCUUCCAUUCAGCCAGCUAAAAGGAGGGGAGAAACCAGCACAGUCGCAGCCAUGGCGCGCAUCGAAGAGCUCCCCGACGACUUCAACGAAUCACUCUCCCUCAAUGACCCCAAACCCGCAUCCAGCUCCACCACCAUUCCCGAGACCCCCUUCGGCAUCAAGCCCAUCGCACCCAACGAUGACCCAACCACAUCCACCGCUCCCGCCCUCCCUCCAGCAAUGGCCUCCGUGAAAUCCCACACCGCCGACGAGAUCCUCUCCAUGAUGAACCAGACCCCGCUGUUCAUGACGGACGUCGAGCAGGCGCUCCAGGACAGCGCGGGGGAGGAGAACACGUUCAUCGAGGCGAUUCGCGCGCUGCAGAAUGAGGGCACGCAGCUGCAGGUUGCCGAGGGAUUCCGCGAGACGGGCAAUGAGCUGGCGAGGGAGAAGAAGUGGAGUGAUGCGCGGGAGUUCUAUGGGAAGGCGUUGGCGACGGUGAGGGAUAAAGGGGAGGGGAAGUGGGAUGUCAGUGAGGAUGUGGACGGAGACCGGAGAAGGAUGACGGAAACGGAGGAGAAGGUGUUGGUCAAUAGGGCGUUGUGUAAUUUGGAGAUGAAAAACUACCGGUCCUGCAUCCUCGAUUGCGCCGCAGCACUCAAAAUUAACCCUGAAAACAUUAAGGCCUACUACCGCUCCGCCCGCGCCCUUCUCACCCUCGACAAAAUACUAGAAGCCCAAGACGCCGCAAACCGUGGCCUCGCCCUUGAUCCCACAAACAAAUCCCUUCUCCAUACCGCAGAGCAAAUCUCCGCUCGGAAAGCUGCCCUCGACGCUCUCGCCGCUAAGAAGCGUGCUGAGGCAGAGCGUGAAAAGCGUGUUAAAGUUACCCUGGCUACAGCCCUACGCGCCAGGAACAUCAAAGUCCGCGAAACCAAACAGCCGCCAGACCUAGACGACGCGAACAUGCAUCUCUCGCCUGACCCGCUGUCACCGAAAAGUACGCUGGUGGUGCCCUGUGUGCUACUGUAUCCCAUGCACGCGCAGAGUGAUUUCAUUAAAAAUUUCGAGGAGACGCAGUGCGUGCGUGACCACCUGGAGUAUAUAUUUCCCUUACCAUGGGAUGAAAAGGCGGAAUAUGGCGUGGACAGUGUGGAUUGCUUCAUGGAGACGGUGACCGGCGGUUUGAUUCGCGUUGGGAAGAAGAUGAGUCUGUUGGAAGUGUUGAGUGGAAGUGGAGGAAAGGUGGAGAUUGUGGAUGGCUUGGUGAAGAUAAAUGUCGUGCCUGUGCCGAAGAGCCGGAAAUGGAUCGAAGAGAUGAAGGCACGGAGGGCGCCGGGCUGAUCCACUAGGGCCUUUUGCUAUUCUCGAAUGGUAUAAGGUGAUUUCUCUUGACGCCGCGAAGGAUUGGCGCUCGCCCAGACACAUGUCUGGAUAUACGGGCUAUUUCAUCUCCGAAAGACUAGCCCAAGAAGCGAAUUUAACCGGUUUGGAUCGAUCGGGGAUAGGCGAUAUGUAAGAGCCAAUGGACGGUGGUCAAAAGCGCGGAUGGCGGUUAGAUAUGCCGUUGGCAAUUUGAGUUCGAUUCGGGCACGUUGAGGAUCCAAAUGAUCGACGCCCAAAGCUGACGGGAUUUUGGAUUGGAUGGACCGGGAAAAGGAGACUGUGUAAAGGUCGUUCCCCCGACUCUAGAGAAGGGCAUAAUCGUAUAGAUCUGUUUCCAAAAUAUUCAAGGAGAAGCCGACUUCUAUUCCAAGAGGAUGAAUGAAGUACGCAUCCAACUAGCCAUCUGUAAUACACCACGACGAUAUGGUAUGUAAGGGUCAACAAGGCCGAAC